UCUGAGAGCUGAAGUCCACACAUCUUCAAGUUGCCAAGGUUGAGAAAUACUGCUUUAUUCCAUAGUUUAUCAAGAGUUAGGAUUAUCAUAAGCAUAACCAUAAAUACAAAUAUUUACUUCACAGGGAUACUCUGUACAUUUUAAUCUUAUGGGAUUGUACCACAGAUUAUGAAGCCAAGAAAGUAAUGCUCUGCAUUAUGGGGAAAGGAAGUUUGAACCCCCCGCCCCCAAUAAAUUGAGUGCCUCCCCUCCUCAGAAAGAAUCUCUUCAUUCAACACAAACCAAAGUGUCAUCAAAGGACCCUGCAGGAUAUUUACCUUUUGUGCAGCCUCAUGUUCUUGCUGAUUUCAGAGAAAGGACUGUUUGAUUCCCAUCUGGGCUUAACGCUCCUUCCAUUAAGUAAACGAGAUUUCCUUUGAUGGCUUUCUUUUUUUUACAGAAGCAAACAUCGAGAAGCCUACCUGGGAGCUAUAGGUUAAAACAAAAAGGAGUCUGAAUUCCAUAUAGUGCUUUCUGAAUAAUCUUGUGCACAGAGCUGUUUGUGUGUGUGUGUGUGUAUUUAAAGCAGUAUUUCUCAACCUUGGUGACUUUGUGCUGGCUGGGGAAUUCUGGGAGUUGAAGUCCACGCAUCUUAAAGUCGCCAAGGUUGAGAAACACGGGUUUAAAGGUUUCAGAAGAAACCAUGAAAAUAUAGGGGCCUACAAAUAUAGGGACCAAUCUGAUCCUGUUGGGCCACUCGUCAUUCUAGCUCUAGUUGGACGUGAUUACGUGACUACUGGCCACCCUCCAAGAACCCCUGUGAGGGCCCUCCUCUGCCCUAAAGGGGCCAUGGACUGAGCGUGGAUCCCCUGCAUACCGACCUGUGCUCUGCGACAGAACCACAGCCCUUCUUCAAACGGGGGGAUGCGGUUUUGAGUAAGCCCUACAAUACCUUGGGAUGUUUUCCCAGGAGCAAAAACGGUAUGUCGGUAUUCAGCACAGCUGUCUAAUCUUCCCCUUGGCCUACAGCCUAUGUCUUCCUCCUGUCCCUCUGUCAGGAUUUCUGUACUUUCCUUUCCACAUCUCUUUAAGAAAGCCGGAACCUGUCUUCUGAAUUUGGGAAAGCUAAAAUAAAGGAAAGCAAGUCAAACGAUGGCGUGCAAAUUGAGCGAUGCACUUUGCGUCCUGGUGAGUUAAACAGCUAAAACUCUUGUCUUUUACGAUUCUGGAUCACGCCGUAAGUACAGCUGUGAAACUGCAGGAUUUUUGUAUCUUGCUUCCCCUCAAAAGACAUGCGUGCAGUGAAAAUGUAGGUCUUGGAAUUGGGCUGUGUCAGAUGUGAAAAACAGGUGAUAAAAAUACCCUCGUCACAUAAAUAACACUUAGGCAACGAGUUGUCCUAAGGGCAGUGACAUAAAGCUGGGCCUGCUUAUGGGGAUGAGUUAAAAAUAUGGGUGCCUGUAUAAUUGUGUGCAGGAGCUUCUUUGAAAUGCAAGCCACGGGAAUUAGUGCAUUCUUUGCUUUAAGGAAACACAGCUAGUUUAGAGCAGCUUGGAACCUCCGUACAGUUGAGUGGACUUAAGCAUCUAUUAAACUUGGUAACUAGAAAAUUGGCUGCUUUUUUGUUUACGUUGCUAUUUGGGAGCUGCUCUGAAGUUCACCCAAGUGUCAGUGACGGGGCAUUUUCACUUUAUGACCAAAGCCCUCUGCGAGCCACAAGGCUGCGAUUCCAUGAGAACAAAGGGGCGGUUCUCCUGCCCAUACUUGGCCUCUGCAUAUACUUUUGACUGUGUCUCAACCUCACCCACGUUGCACUAUGCGGUCAUAUAAACCUCUGGCUUUAAGCAUCAGGUACAUAAUGCCAAAUCUUGGGGAUGAACACACCGCCUUACCUUUAGGCACAUGGUUGUAAUUUGGAGCCAGCAGUUGGAAUAUUAACACCCAGGGCAAUUUUCGAAGAAUAGCCUGUGUCCAAGAAUUACAAAUUGUGGUCGGAAUAAUAUGCGAACAGAUCAUGAAGAACUCUGUGGCAGCACUUAUGGAUCUUUCUGUCUGAAUGGUGGGAUCUGUUACACCCUACCUACUGCUUCCAGUCCUUUUUGCAGGUGUGUUGACAACUAUACAGGGGCUCGUUGUGAAGCAAUUUUGCUCCCGAGCAUCAAGAACCACUCGAGAGGGGAACUGUUUGCAGCCGUGUUGGCGUCGGUCGUCGUUCUGAGUGUCCUGGUAGCGGGAGCAUUUUUUUUUCUUUGCAGGAAAGGCCAGAUUCCACGGACCAGUUCGCUGGAGCGUGGAGGUCACCUGAUUGAGGGAAACAGCAGCAACGCCUGCAAUAGUGAGUACUUCUCAGAAAUAACCGAAUAAAGAAAUCAAAAGAAGAAAUUAUGGACCAGCAACAAGAGAAGUGGAAACGCUGAAACCACGUUGGAGAAUAUGGAAUCUGUACCAGUGUUCCCAGAUACUCUGAAAGAAGAAGGUGUUGCUAAUGAUUUACAGGACCAAAUAUUUAAGCAUAAAUAUGCAUUGCUUAUGUUCUUACAAUUCCCAGACAAAGAAUGUCAGAGGUAUGUGAAGAUGCUGAAAGGGACAUUAGGAUCAACUAUAUCCACAGUAGUUAAAAUAGACAAAAUGCUUUUAAAGUUCUUCCAAACAUUAAUAGAUAGUACUGAAAUGUGGUUGGGUUCCUUCCAUCCAUUUUUAUUGAAGGUAAAGCUAGCUGUAUGUUUUAGUUCCAUGCCAUGGACUUUACAUGUCAGGAGCAAGCUUAGUGAACAAAAGAAGAGCAAUUUU